AGGCGGCCGCCGGCGGCGGCGGCGACCUGCCAGACCUGCUCUCGCGCCGCCCGAGCCGCGGCGGUCUGGUGCGGCUCCGGCACCUGAACACGCCGGCGGCCAGGCUGGCCCUGCUCGGCGGCUGGGUCGGCGUGCUCCAGACAAUGGCUGCCGACGGCAUUUUGCCCGACAUCAAGACGUUCUCCAUCCUGCUGAAGAUGAUGCCGCACGAUGAGGACCAAGAGCAGUGUCUUAUUCGGACCAUGGACGCCCUGGACGUGGCCCCUGAUGUGGGAUUUUUCAACCAGCUGAUGAAGAAGCGUGCGAGCAGCCGGAGGAACGCUGCUGCGAAGUCAGCGUUCCGCGAGCUGGAGGCGCGCGCGCUGCAGCCAGAUGUCGCCUCGUUCGGCUGCCUGGCCAUGACUGUGCGGAACGGCCGAGACCUGGCGAGCUUCUGGGAGACGCUGCGGGCGGCCGACGUCAGGCCGAACGUGGAGAUGCUGACGACCCUGCUGAACAGCGCGGUGCGCGCCGCCGACCCGCAGAGGGCACUGGCCGUCAUGGAGGCCUUCAUCGAGCACCAGGUGGCGCCCGAACGGCGCGUUCUGCUGCAGCUGGAGGAGCUGCGACUGAACCUGCGGCAGAUGACGGUGGCCGCGGAGCGCGGUCGGCCACCACCCCGCGCCGCCCAGCAGCCCUCGUUCGCGGACUCGGUGCGCAAGUUUCUGCUGCGCUACCCGCGCUGGCUGGCCGAGGUGCACGUCGAGCGCGAGCGGCACCCGUUCCGCCAGUACGCCGUCAGGCCGCUGGCCGAGACGGUGGCCGCCGCCGGCCUGUCGGGCGCGGAGGAGGCCCCGCCACAGCGCCGUCCGUCUCUGCCCGCCGAUGGCUGACGGGCCGGCGCCGGCCGCGGGGCGCCGCCGGUCCCGCGCUACGAGGUAGUCCCUGCUGGCGGCGUAGACGGCCGCCGUUAGGUGGCGCGGGAUGUGCCGACGACGGCCGCCAGGCGGCGCCGAUCGGCUGGGUUGCGUGCCACGGCAUUGUGCGACGUGUGAGGUGUGGUUGUGCGACGUGUGAUGGUGUGAUUUUGCGACGUGUGAUGGUGUGCGGCGUGCGGGGAUGAGGUGCGAAAGGACGGCGUGGACGCGCCGUCGGACCGGCAGUGGGAAAACGGCGCGGUGUGCCGAUUGGAGGCAGCCGUUGUGGUGGACCUGCAUGCGCGUUGUUUCGCGCGGGCACCUGCCAGUAUCUCAGGCUGGGGGCACACGAGCUGAAUAUUACUACAGACAGUGUAUCAGAUUGACGUGAAC